GACAAAGAGGUAUUUAGAAUUUGGGUACAAAUAAAAACAAUAGUUGAAUCUUUAGAAAAAUUAUCAGCUGAAAGGUAUUGGAUUCCUAUGGUUUUUGAAUCCCAGCAUUUGCUAAUAAAAUACAUGGCCAAUGGCUAAAAUUGACAGGUUAUUCAGCAGUCUCUGAAGAGCCAUUCAUUUUCUCUACAUCUGGUCCACACACUUGCUGCCUAGAUUCAGGUGUAAGAUCAGUGACUGUCACAUCUGUUUAAGGGCUUACCUACUUCAAGCAAGCAACAGUACCCUUAACAUACAGUUUCUGUGUUUUGCUUCUCACCCCAAAGAAACGAAACAGACAAUAUCACGCCAUUCAGAGUGAUGGUAGCCCAUAACAAUAGCUUCCUUUAUGCCAUUCUUUUUAUUCCUCUGCAAUUUCUUGAAAACUAACACAAAAAAAAUAAUGAUCUUAUUCCUAUUUAAUAUAUUAUACAGGCAAGCAGGGCAGGGGGAGAUUCCUAUUGAGAAAACAUAACCAUGGCAACAACAGAGCCAGGGAGGGAACCAUUGCUACUUGUGAAUUUCAAUGUAAUCAAGGCUACAGAAAAAAAUGAGAAGAGUUUUUAUUUCUUUUAUCCCAGAACAGACCUGUUUUUCAAGUGGAGGAGAAGGAAAACACUUAUCAGUAAGGCAGCUGGUCUGGUUCAUGUUAGUGCUUUAUUGUGAAUCUGAAAAACAGGCAUUUGAGUCAUACUUAGCAUUUAUUAGGGAAAUCCUCUCAUGCAUGUCACAGGAUUUGGAAAUGAAACAUUUUUAAUGCAUAGGCUGGUUGGAAAUUCUUGAAGCUUCUGCUCCUGUGCAUUUGGAGGGCAAUGUUCAUUUAAAUGUAAAUAAUUUGACAUCAAUCUUUGCUUUAAACUAGCCCAACCAUUACUUUUUGGAGUGAGGUCCUUGUCUUGCUACUCAAAGACCAAGCACUAUUCUUGCCUCAGGAAAAAAAAGUAUUCUGAUUUAGCAUUAAAUCAUGUCUUUAAUAGGAAUCAUUACAGCCACAUCCAUUUUCUGGAUGAUGCAGAAUCUGACACCAGAUGUUCACAGUUCUGCAUGCUAAGGAUCUCAAUCCACAUCACAUAUUUUAAUACAUUUACUUCUUGGGGGACAAAAAAUUCUCAGAACUGUUCUACAAAAUGUUAGCUUGACAAAGACUGACUGUCCCAAGAUUACUUAUCAGAAAGACAAAGGGUUUUGAACUGGGUUUCCUUAGCUCCAAUCCAGCAUUCAAAUGAAUACUGAUGAAAACAAUAGAACUAGAGGCCUCUUUUGUAUUCUUUUGUGCUUUUUUGAAGCCCUUAUGGUAGUAACAGCAGUUGGACUUCUUUCCUCUCCCUUAAUUGUCAGAAGUAGAAACAAAUAGUGUAUGUAUAAAGCAGUCUAUAAGAUCUAAAUAUGGUUUUUAACAGAAGAAUAAACAACCUGAAGCCAUAAAUCAUGGAAUCUGGAGCCACAAUGAGCAUUACCCACAGGCACCCAUGAUGGACAUGGAUUGUGAUUAAAUGUGUCAUUAUAUCAUGAUUCAAAUGCUAUUAUUUGUUUUUGUAUAUUAUAUCAGCACAUGGUUUGAAAGGGUGGGCUUUGCAUUUUAUCUAAGAGCAGAUGCCUAUGGCACCACCACUUUCAAUGGCAACCAGUCUUAUCUGCUACCAAGGUCGGAGCACCAGGGAUAGAGCACAGCAAUCAUGAGCAAGUCUGCCAGAAUAAAGAGGCUAAGCCUUUCACUAUUUUCUACUUCAGACUUUGCUACUGUACUCAGUAGAAGUAAAAUAAUCUGCAAGCAACACUGUCAAUCUCUUCUGAAGAUCACCUUGGUGAUCUGGUGAAUGAGUAUUAUGUAUAUACCCGAAUGGAUCACAGCCUUUGAGAAAUCAAGACAGAGCAUAUUUAGAAUUCCCCACUCAAUUCUUUUUUUCAUUGACCCCUGUGUCAAAGCCAUACCAUCACCAUAAUCCCCAAUGUUUUUGGCUAACUGAAAUUUAAACACCAAAUUAAUUCUUGGGAGUGAUUAACCACCUUGAAUGGAAAAGAUCAUUUCACUUACCGUAAUUAUUUCAAACACUAAACCAUAAUUUGAAUGGAGCCCCUUCCAUCUCUGAGAACUGGAACUGUUACUCCAAUUCUUCUGUCAAAAAAAUGCCCCCAGUAUGGGUAUAAAGAUCAAUGAGUGUACACAUAUGAAACUGCUGACCUAGCAACUAGUACAUGUUUAAAACUGAAAUGGUCUUAAUAUAUGUCUUUAAGUCCUUUCUUGGUACAAAGCAGAAUGCUGCUGUUUACUUUAGCUGCAGAGUGCAUGCUGUAUUAGGGGUAUGUUUUGAUACUAGUUAUCUUUAAAUUAAAAAGCCAGUUUAAUGUAAUGGUUACAUUCUUACAUCCUAGUUUUUCCUUAGGUUUGAAAACCAGUUGGAUGCCUUUGAGUCAGUUGCUCUCUAGCCCUAGACUAGAAAAUUGAAAGUACAUGCAAACCACUUCCAAAAACUGCAUUGGACCUGCAUGGAUGUACAGUCACCAGGUGUUAAGAUUGAUUCAAAGACCCCCUAACAACAGCAUUUACCACAUUUGUUUAAAUCUGCAAUGAAGUUUUUUAAAAACACAUUUAUAAAAGGUAGAUGACUAAAUUGGCCAAUUCCUGAAUUCCAGCUUUUGUUAAUGAAAGACAAUAUGGCCAAUGGCUAAACUGAUGGGAGAAGAUAUUCAGCAGUCUCUAGAGAGCCAUUCAGCUUCUCUACAUCUGGUCCAAACUCUUGCUGCAAGAGAAACAAGACUUUUUUAUUGAAGAAAUAAGAAACAAGGAUGCACAGACAUUCUUAUUUAAGAAAAUACCUCAGCAAAAUUCUGGCAGAUUUUGAUAUAGCUCAGGUAGUACAUUCUUAAAGGGAUGAGUAAUUGGAUAAUUUUUAUUAUCUUCCAAGUUUGCUUUGCUGUUCCACCAUUGUCAUAAUUCUGAUCAAAUAUUCUAGGACAUGUAAUGCUUAAUGGCAAAAUAAAACAUCUUCAUAGAUUAAGAAUGUUUACACAUGACUGGCCAGAGCAACUGAUUAACAACUUUUACAGCUAGUUAUGAAAAUGAGAUUAUAAUACUUGUAAAAUUAACACUGCAUUUCUAAUUCUCUAGCCUCUGGACAAUUUGCAAAACAGGCAAUUGAGCCAUUCAUAAUUUACUAGCACAUUUCAGUUUCCACUUUUAAUUUUCAGUGGUGCAUCUUUCUGAGUCAUCCAUUAAAACUGUACCAUUAAACAGGUACUGAGGUUUUAUUUAUUUGCAUUAUUCCCUUCCACCAUUAAUGGCUUGGUAAACUUUAUAAAAUAAUUUUUUGCUACUGCUGCUUUCAAAAUAUUGAACAAGAUCAGUAUUGCUUUUUGCAACAAUUUGAAUAAAUCACCAACAUUAAUUUGCUGAUAUAGUAUUUCUAGAAGCACAAAGCAUAUGGAUAACUUUUGCCUCUGUACUAGGAAUCUGCAAUCCAAGAAAUGCCACAUGUUUGAUAUACUAUAAGUAUGGAGUAUACAAUAAAUAUUAUCCAGCUUAUCUUAACUCGAACUCUUAGCCUAACUUUUCACCCUCUGACUUGUACAGAACAUUAGUGUAAUUGUGGUGCUAUCAUUUCUAUAUUCUGGACCAGCAGGUGUUUUUGCCAAUAUUGUUACUAUAUUGCAGAACUAUUACACUAUUAAUAUUACUAUCGAUUGUAUUGUAUUGUAUUGUAUCGUAUUGUCAACCUUUUUCAUGUGUCCCUAUUUAUCCCCUCCUAAUUGGCAAAAUGUUAUAUAUUUUUAUAGAAACCAAGCCAAAAGUUAAAACUUAGAUGCAACAAAAUUAUUUCUUGGCAGUUAAGGAGAUGUAACAAUUAACCACAGCAUAAAUAAGCCUUUCAUUACUUUUAAACAUUUGCUUUGGAGAAAAUGAACAACUUAAGUCUAAAAAUCUUCUAUAUUUUUUGCAAAAUGUUAAGUUAUUCCAGGGACUGAGAUCAGCAUGACUGCAUCUUCUGAAUGCUGCGUAACAAAGAUGAAUUGAUAAAGAGUUUUUUAUUCGUCAAAUGAGCACAAAUUGCCUAUUAGAGAUCUAUGGGGGAGUGGGUGGAUGUUAUCCUGCUCUAAUGAAGACGGUAAGUGAAGCCCAGUCGGGCAGAGGCAUCUUCUAAUUAAGACACUUUUAUGCCUGCAUAGAUAAGAUAUUAAAUUUUGCUUCGAAAGGAACAAAUCAUGCAUAAAAGAUUCUUGCCGGUCUCUGCAACUUCCUCAAAGAUCUACUUACAGCAGAGUAACCCACCCGGUGGCAACCUACUAUUAAGUUUGAUAGUAAAGAGCUGGUAGCCCAGCUGCAUAGUAUUUCUUUAAAAAAAAAGGGUUAUAAAAUAGCUUUUGGAGACGCGAAAUCCUUUUCGAAGCUGCCUCCCAGGUGUUGAGUCCAUCAGAAAAACUAGGAUCCAAUCGCUCGUAGAUGAUGAGAGAAAAAAAAACAACCCGCUUCGAAUUACCCCUCAUCGCAAAUCCCUUUUCUCUUCGCAACGCCACAUCCAAUAGAAUCUAUUGAAUAGAUAGGAGGAAUCCUUUCCCCGUAUGAGACGCCACCUGAUCCGUUGCACUUCAACUCCCAUAAUUCCUGGGCCGGCCUCGGGCACUAUGGGAAAUGAAGUUCAACCUGUUCGGAAGAUUGCAGGUUUUGGCAAACCGAUGUUCAGAGCUGCGCACUUUUCCACUCCAGAGAGAAUGGGUUUAUUCCCUGCAGGUUGCGCCCAGGGACCGUCAUGCUGUUGCUGUGCCAGCGGGCAUUUCCGAGGCUUCCAGGGCAAGGACGUCUGCAGUCUAACGGGAUUCCCAUUCCAGCCAUGUCUGGCGGAAUGCCGAGGUCCUACACUACUGGAUCGCCGGAGGCCAAAGCUAGGCGGAUUGUCCAGGUUCCACUGAGCCAGCCUGCGCAUAUCCUCGCUGGGCUACAAUCCCGCAACCAAGAAGGCUUGAAUUGGAUCUAAUCGCGGUGAUUUUUCUUCAAUUUCCAAAAUGCGAAUUGCUAAUUGAGACUCCCAGGAGAGCCAAACCAACAACAAGGAAUCCGGGAAGAACUGAUGGGCGGAAGAAAAAAAACAACCCUAAGCGAAGGAUCAGCUUUCCAGCAGUCUUUUUCUAGCUGUAGCUCGGAAAUCAAGUCCUGAAUCGCGCGGCGUGCGACAGCUCUUUACUUUUUAUCUCUAUAGUGCACUGGACGGCAUCUCUCGCCAGCUAUUCUAUCAAGGACUCUUUUUUUUAAAAAAAAAAUUCAGAGCUGCCAGUCACGGGAAGUUGAAACAACUCAUUUGGUAUUAAGUAUGUAGUGCGAGCCCGUGAAGUCUUUUUUGCCGUUGCUCAAAUUUAAGGCUUCCUUUUUCUGACUCAACGUGAAGGUUGCUCCUCAGAAAGAAUAGGCCAUGUUCAGCUUUCCGGAAGUGCGAGCUUAUAAAGCGAGUCUAACUUUUCUUAUCUCUUGGAACGGCCUUGCGAGAAAGCCGCGCGAAUUUAGAUUUCAGGGCGAGGCUGGGAAAUCCUACCUCGCCUUUGGCGCAAGGCAUGCCGGGAACUUGGGGCGGCCCGGUGGCGACUGUGAUGACAGCGGGGGCGGAGCCGGAGGCGGCCAUUCCCGUGGCGGGGCGUUUGGCCGUUUCCGGGAUUGAGGAAAGCGGUUCGUCUGAAAGACAGCAGUGGGGCGAAGCUCGGGCUCGUCGGCGGUGGAGGCUGUGAUGUACCACAGCAGCACGCAGAGGCGCUACUGGACUUUCCGCAGCGAGGAAGAAUUGUCCCGCAGGCGUUCUGACGCCAACCGCAAGUUCAGAUGCAAAGCGGUGGCCAAUGGGAAGGUUCAACAGACAGACUUGUUUCUUCUUGACCCACAUGAAGAGCUGAUAAUUUGUAAAUAUUAUGAAAAAAUAUUAGCAGACUUUUGCUCUGUAUUUAAACCAGCAAUGCCCAAAUCUGUUGGGGGUACAGCAUGCAUGUAUUUCAAACGUUUUUACCUCAAUAACUCAGUAAUGGAAUAUCAUCCCCGCAUAAUUAUGUUAACGUGUGCAUUCUUGGCUUGUAAAGUAGAUGAAUUUAAUGUAUCUAGUGCACAAUUCGUUGGUAACCUUCGUGAGAGCCCAGCAGGACAGGAGAAGACAUUGGAGCAGAUCUUGGAAUAUGAAUUACUACUUAUUCAGCAGCUGAAUUUCCACCUUAUAGUACAUAACCCUUACAGACCAUUUGAAGGGCUAUUGAUUGAUUUGAAGACCCGUUAUCAAUUGCUUGAAAAUCCUGAGACAUUGAGGAAGACAGCAGAUGAUUUUCUUAAUCGGGUAUCUUUGACAGAUGCCUGCCUUCUAUUUACACCUUCUCAGAUAGCUCUUACUGCUAUGGUAUCAAGUGCAUCCAGGGCAGGAUUUAAUAUGGAAAGUUACUUAUCAGGAACCCUAAUGCUCAAAGAGAAUAAAGCAUCCCUUUCGCAGUUGCUGGAUGGAAUGAAAUGCAUGAAAAAUCUGGUAAAAAAAUAUGAGCUACCACAUCCUGAAGAAGUUGCUGUUUUAAAACAGAAGCUAGAAAAAUGUCACAGUUCAGAACUUGCUCUUAAUACAAAUACGAAAAAGAGAAAAGGCUAUGAAGGUGAUGAAUUCGUCUCAAAAAAGUCUAGAAUAGAGGAUGAAUGGACAGAUGAUGAUUUCAUGGACUGAUCUAUCUACAUUCCUAACAGAAAAUAAAAUCUGAAUUAAUAUAUAUUGGAAAUAAACCCAGGCAGCAUGUUGUACAACUUGUCAUGCAUCAGAAAAUUAUAUAUUUAUAUAAUAAACUUUUUUUACACAGUGA